GGCCGUGAGCUUUGGCUCCACAUCUUUUCGGUUUGUCAAAAUGAGCACUUUGAGAAGAGUUGAUUUGGAAAUCACCAGCUUGGGUACUGAAAUACUCAGUAGUUGGUCAAGAAGAGUGAUUAACUCAUCAAUUCCUGUUGGCUCGGGUUCCAAGUCCAUGAGCUUUCGAAUGAGUUGGUUGGCCACCCCGUCAAACUUUUGGGUCGACGAUGCCAAUCGCUUGGCUAAGGUGUCGGCCUUUGGGAACUUUUGGUUCAAGGCCAAUUGGUCCUUGAUAUUUUCGUA